AUGAAGGAGAAAAAUGAGUUGUUACGUUCUGAAAAUCUUAAUGAAUUAUACUUAGAAAUGAAUUUGGUUAUUGGAUAUUUGAAUUCACCUGAAUAGAUACCUUUAGAAACAUAAAUUAAUCAAUUAACCUAAGGAAAUGAUGAGAAACAAUCCAUCGAUUAUAUUAAUUAUGAGAAAGUAUUUAUUUGAUAUAAUAAUUUUAUAGGGAUUGAAAUAAUAAAUUAAUAUUGAGUGAAUAAAAAACUAGAGAAGCAAUUUUAAAAUAGAUAAUAUUUGAAGGAGAUAUUGCUUUUUUUUUCAAUUAUGUUAUUUAUAAAAUAAUAAAAAUGUCACAAUAAGGAAUAAUUAAGUUUACAUAAGAAUUAUAUUAUUAUUAAAUUUUUUGUAUCUCUAAAAAUCAAAAUGUGCAUCUUAAAAGAAUUUAUGAUAAAUUAAUGUCUACGUAUCCUGAUAAAUUCAAUAGAGCAAUUUGGAGUAGGUACUAAAUAAGUUUCGAAUAAAUGUAAAUAUUGACUAUCACCAAGAAUGAUAUUAAACAUGCAGAGGAUUUUAUUUGGAAAUUUAUAAGAAAGAAAAGCAAAUCAUAGAUAAUAAUUAAUCUGAUAACAAAAGUGGAAAUAAAUAAAAUAAGUUUUGGAUUUAAAUUUCGAUCAUAAUACUUUCUAAUAACUUUAUCAAUCAGUUAUUUGUUUAAAUCCAUAUUUAGAUUUAAAGAUAUAAAUAUGUAUUUUAAUUUAUUUUACGAAGAAAUACUUAUACUUAUCGAUACAUAAUUAUUAGAAUUAAUUGGCAAAGGCUUAAAUUUAUGA